AUGAAAGAAACUGUUGAGGAGACGGGUGAGGACGUCUCCGAUAUAGAUGGCUUUCAGGAACUCUCUCCUGAGAAUCAGGAGAAGGUGCGAAAGGCUGUGGAGCAGGGGCAUGUGGAUGAUGAUGACUGGAAGGGGGAUGUGGAGAUGAACCGCCCCGGCAAGACAGGCUUCCGGAUGCGUGUGCCAAAGAAGAAGGCCAAGGCCGAUGAGGUAUUUACCUUCUUCUCACCCGAUGACCAAGUACAGCAAAUUGAUGACCCCCCGCAGGAAGAGGAAGUUUCCGAGGCAAGGGAGCAGCCCGCCAAGCCCAAGAAGCGCGGCCAAGCCAAACCUGCCAAAGACGCAGCUAAGAGCGGAUCCGAAGACGAAGCACCCAAGACCAAGCAACCCAAGAAAAGAGGUCGCGCCAAACAAGACGUCGUAGAUGAUGAUGAGUCCGCCAAGCAGCCUGCAAAAAAAGGCCGUGCUUCGAAGGAUACCACUGAGAAGAAGACCACCAAGACUUCCACUGCCUCUACUCCGGCUGCUAAAUCGAACGCUAAACGCCAGAAGAAGCCCGCCAAUGAAGACGGUGAGGCCGAGGCUAAACUUGUACCGGCUGAUGAAAAGCCUAAGAGGGGUCGUAAGAAGAAGUCUAUGUGA